AUGGCCACCGCAUACACCCAUUCCAUCCCGACUCCCCCGUUUUCUCCUCAGAAUUACAGAAUGCCUGACGAAAAUGCAGAGAAUCCCCUCAAGUCAACUAUCAACCUCCUCGACUCUCUCGUCGCCUUCUACCAGCACGAGAGGAUGUGGGUUUACCGCACCCGCGCAACCCUCGAGGAUGCAUUCCAAUCCCCGCCUCCACCCACAGACGACAGGGCACAGGACAAUUUAGAUGAUAUUUCUGCAUCUACAAACGACGAAGAGGCGGCCAGAUACACUGAUGCCCAACUACCAAGUACAUCCCGUGCUCAGUCACAGCAGUCAACUAGGUGGAAUCGAAGAAAACGGGGCUUCAAGCUGCGAAUCGAUGGUAUUCGCCACAAGCGGGUCAUCUCGACGCAACCCGUGGGCGAUCAGCAUUCCGGCCAGCUCCCACCCCGAGAGCAUAUCUUGCAGAUGUUCGAAAAGAUGAUGGAGUCGAGGAUGGAGAGUUGCCAAAGAGUCAAUAAAAUGAUCCAGGAUGCUAACAGAGCUAAUCUCCACCAACGAUGA